UGCAACUCCACACUAAAAGCCGACAGCCAAAUGUAAACAACUGCAUAAUUCCACAAUUUUGUACGAGUUUUCUCAGUUCUGGAGAAGAUUUGUAAACCAGCCCGAUGUGGUCUAGUCUGAUGUCUAACAGGAUGCCUAGAGGAGACUGCGAUAUGGCAGAUUCAGGCUCUUUUGAUGAUGAGGAAUUCGGAAACGAGAACGAUUUGACAGAUGGGUGGUACGAUAACGAUCUGCACUUGGCUGCUGAGCUUGGAAAGACGUUACUAGAGAGGAAUAAAGAAUUGGAUGAUAAUCUACAAGCAGCUCAACAGGAGAAAGAAGAACAAACAAUGCAGAUUGUGUACCUUGAGAAGCAACUUCAGAUUUUACGAGACGUAACGGAAUCCAAGGCUAAUAUCUACGAGCAGCUUGACCUCAACGCUCAGGAAACAGACAAGGUCAAUCAGAGACUACAACAUGAUCUGCGCACCGCACAACAAAAAAAUAUCAGACUGAAUGAAACCAACGAGCUCCUUGAAGCCAAGACACAAGAGCAGCAAUCUCAGAUCCAGCAACUCAAGACAGUUGAGCGAGAGAGACUACGAGAAGGGCGGAGACAAAAGAAGAUCUUAGAAGCCCUGGGUGCUAACUCGGGAUCAGCGCAUCCUCUACGUCGCGCCCGAAGUCACGACUUUGGCGUGGCAAACUCCGACAUGCUCCUCGAUGAACAACUUGUCAACAUGCACAAGACGACAAAGAACCUCCAGGAGAAGGUGACGCUGAAAGAUCAACGGAUUCACGAUAUGGAGGCGGAACUCUCCGUCCUCUUGAAAGAGAACAAGUUGUUGGAGGAACGGCUCAAGGAAGUUGAGAUUAAGAAUCGCAUGGAAGACAUUAAGAAGGAUUACAAGUCCUUAAGCAGCUCGAAUGAUGCGGUGUGCAAGUACUGCGAUAGUUUGAUCAAUGCAGACUUUGAGGCGAUAGUUAGCGAGGGAGGAAGGACCAAGGGGGCAGGGGGGUCUCGCGGCAGCCAAGAGCUGACCGUUAUCUCAGAGCAGGAGGGCUUACUGAGUCCAGAAGGAAGCAAUCAACUCAUGGGACACCCUAAAACGGAAGGCUUAUCUCUCCUAGGCGAGAUCGACGCUCAGUAUAACUCACUCAUGGACAGGUAUAACUCGCUCCUUGUGAGAAGUAGAUGUAGCUCCAUCCGGGAUGAGACUAUCCGUCCACGCGCUCUCAGUAUUCGUAAGAGAAACGAGGCGAGUGUACAGACGUAUCAGGGGACCCCACCCCAGCCGAGCCCAGUCGAUUCCAUGUUUGAGCACGGACCACCAGAAUACAAGAAACUCUUUGGGGAAAUAUUUGAGAUUUUGCACCGGCCACAGUAUCUACAGCAGGAGGCUGUAGGAGCAACUGGCCAAAGCUAAAAAUUACAGAAAAGUUAUUUUUGUCGCAG